UUUAGAUAUCAUGAGGAAACUUUCCCUGUUUUCCCAUUCCUUAAAAACACGUCUCAAACCACAAAACGAGUGAUUUAUUUCACCAGCUCGUCACCAGCCUCUGCAGAGGCCUGCUGAUUGAAUUGGAAUCAGCUGCGCGGAAGCAGGGAAAGAUGUAAAACACCUCCAGGAGCAGGACCGAGGAACGGCUCGGACAGAAUGAAACCUAAUAUUUCCUCAGAGCACUCGGGGCCCUCUGCAGUAGCAGAGUUUCAGCACACGCCUGUCUGGAUGUGCCGCAACAAUGUUUCACUACAUGCUGAUCUUCAUGGCGUAUCACGGCAGCAGAUGGAUCCCACUGAGUCAGAGGUUCAAAUUUCAGGUUGUGAAUGCAUUGUUUGUUGUCGUGGUUCUGGCCCCUCAGCUUUUCGUCAUGGGAAGGCCAAAGUCUUCAAGAUAUUGCAGGCAACCUCUUCUGAACAACUUAGCGACCUCCGUUGCCUUGUCCAUCAUUGCUUCAGGUUUUUCUGUGACAUUCACACUGAUGGAUCCAGUUCAUCAGAGCUUGUGGGCUGCCUUUCAUGUGUUUGGUCUGCUGUCGUGUGGACAUGGACUAAGCACCAUCAUCCUGACUCUCACAGCAGAGGCAUGUGCCAGAACCACUCCGGAGCUGUACUACAUGUCCGUAGCUCUAACAGUCACCUCCACCUUCAGCACAGGUUUUUUCAUGGUGAGAGGGGGAUUGUGGUUAACCAAAAGGCAGGGGGACAAACAGAAACAGGGGGAGACAAAGCGGUCCAGCUGUCAUCUGAUCCCAUUCUUUUAAAGAAUUCAUGAGGUUUCGGAGCCGCCAGCAGACGGUAACAUUAAACCAUGAGGGGGGGGGAAGAGAGAGAAAAAAAUGAAAGUGAGUUAAAUCCAUGUCUACAGAAAAGCAAAUGUCUUCGUUGUUUAGAACUGUUUGUUUGGGACCAGCAUGUGUUUUACUGAGCAAUAAGAUUAUAAUUAUGUAGUUUUGUAAACUACAUGUGGCAAAUACAAAAUGGCCCAUAAUUAAAAAUAUCUUAGUCUGAACCAGUUUUUUUUUAUGUGCCGUGUAGUCUUUUUAAAUAAUUAUUUUAAC